AUGGAUGUAAGUGAUGGUACCAGACAGGAGGAAGUGGAAGGUGAACUCAGUGAAGAGGAACGCUGGUUUGGAAAUUCCUCAGAAACUCCUUCAGAAGCAUCAUAUGGAGAAGUCCAGGAGAACUUUAAGUUGUCUCUUGAGGACAGAAUCCAAGAGCAGUCCACUUCCCCAGAUACUUCUUUGGGAAGUGCAACUCCUAGCAGCAACACAGCAGAGCUGGGACCCAUUGAAAAUGAGACACUAAGAGACACAUUACAAAGCAAAGAGCACCUUUCUCCUGAUGUGUCCUCCCUGUGUGAAGAAGAACCUCCUGGUCCAAACAAGCCACUGAGCAGCAACCUGAGGCGGCUGCUGGAGGCCGGUUCUCUCAAGCUGGAUGGUGCUGUUACAGUCAAUGGCAGCAUUGAGUCCCCAGUAAAUCUUGGCUCAAAUCUCUCCUUCUCUCCACCUGCUCAUCAUGCCCAGCAGCUAAGUGUUCUUGCCAGAAAGCUUGCUGAGAAACAGGAACAAAGUGACCAAUACAAUGCAAGUAGUCACUUUUUAUGGAAUCAAGGUAAGUGGUUGCCAAACUCAACCACCACCUGUGGUUUGUCCCCUGAUUCAGCUAUCCUGAAACUUAAAGCUGCAGCCAAUGCUGUUCUGCAGGACAAAUCUCUUUCAAGGACUGAAGACACUAUAAGAUUUGAAUCCUUUUCUUCACCUUUUAGUUCUCAGUCAGCCAGCUCCACGUUAGCAGCUUUAUCUAAGAAAGUGAGUGAAAGAAGCAUGACUCCUGGGCAGGAGCACCCACCUCCAGCUAGUUCUUUCCUCUCUCUGGCUUCCAUGACCUCAUCAGCUGCCCUGCUCAAGGAGGUUGCUGCACGGGCUGCAGGGACCCUCUUGGCUGAGAAGAAAUCACUGGUUGCUGAGGAUCCCCUGCAGCUUUCAGAGAUGAAGCAAGAGAAAGCAACUCCACCACAGUCUUUGGAAUUAUUGUUACUGCCAGUCCCUAAGGGAAGAGCUUCCAAACCCACUAGUACAGCCUCAGAAGAAGAAGGAGGAAAACCAUUCCAGUGUCCUAUCUGUGGUUUGGUUAUCAAGAGGAAAAGUUACUGGAAACGGCACAUGGUGAUUCAUACAGGUUUGAAAAGUCAUCAGUGUCCACUCUGUCCAUUUCGCUGUGCACGCAAGGACAAUCUCAAAUCACACAUGAAGGUUCAUCAGCACCAAGACAGGGGUGAGACCUUUCAAUGCCAACUAUGCCCUUUUACUUCCUCCCGCCACUUCAGCCUGAAACUCCAUAUGCGUUGCCAUCAACAUUUCCUUAGGACAGAAUCCAAAGUGAAGGAGGAAAUACCAGAAACUGAGGUGAAAGGGUCACCACAGCUAAAUAGUGACUCCUGCCCAGGACCACAGAGGGAAGGAGGUGGACCUGACCAUACGGGAUCAGCAUCUGUAUCUAAAACACCUGAUGUGGCUGGGCAGCCUAGUGGAGUUAUUCCACCUUUACUAGUGAAAGAAGAGCCCAAAGAUGACAGUGGCAUCUCAACUGCACCUUUUGCUCUUAGCACUGUUGACAGAGCCCCCAACAACACAAAGCUGAAAGACUCCUCUGACUUUGUGGCCAAUACAGCAUCAGCACUAUUCAGCCAAGACAUCUCUGUCAAGAUGGCAUCAGAUUUUCUUAUGAAGCUGUCAGCUGCAAAUCAAAAAGAACCCUUGACUCCUAAAUUUAAAGUGAAAGAGGAGCCUAAAGAUGAAGAAGCCGCAAGUUCAGCCUCGUCUCAGCCCAGCUAUGUGUUCAGCCAGGAAUCCGAAGCCUCAGCUCCAAAUGUCUCUGAGGAGAAACUCAAGCCACAGGAAGCACAGCCAAAUGUGAUGAGGCAGGAUAUGUCAGUCAAGGCAGCGUCUGAGCUCCUAAUGAAGCUCUCAGCUGAGAGUUACAAGGAAACCCAGAUGGUAAAGAUAAAGGAAGAACCCAUGGAAGUUGACAUUCAUGAUUCGCAGGCUUCAGUGUCACCCAACCAGCCCAGCCAAAAUGUUGUCUAUAGCACUUUAUUAGGGCAAGACAUCAGUGAACACAUACAGAAGGCACCAGAAGGCCGUGUGCUCCCAGAAAGAAAUCUAUUCAGCCAAGACAUAUCAGUGAAGAUGGCAUCUGAGCUGCUCUUCCAGUUAUCAGAAAAGGUGAGCAAAGAGCACAACCACAAUAAAGACAACACCAUCAGAACUACAGCCAGCCCUUUCUUUUCUGAAGACACAUUUAGACAAUCACCAUUCACUUCCAACUCAAAAGAUCUCCUGCCUAAUGAAACUGCUGUUCAUGGAAGGACAUCUGCACCAGAAACAGAAAAUCUGGGGCUGGAGGUAGGAAAUGGAUUGCCAUCUUGGAAAUUUAAUGACCAGCUCUUUCCCUGUGAUGUGUGUGGAAAAGUGUUUGGUCGACAGCAGACUCUGUCCCGGCAUCUCUCGCUGCACACAGAAGAGAGAAAAUACAAAUGCCACCUGUGCCCCUAUGCUGCUAAGUGCCGUGCUAAUCUGAACCAGCACCUGACGGUCCAUUCUGUGAAGCUGGUGAGUACAGACACCGAGGACAUUGUCAGUGCUGUCACUUCUGAAGGCAGCGAUGGAAAGAAGCACCCUUAUUACUACAGCUGUCAUGUGUGUGGGUUUGAGACGGAGAUGAAUGUCCAGUUUGUCAGUCAUAUGUCCCUCCAUGUGGAUAAAGAGCAGUGGAUGUUCUCCAUUUGCUGCACAGCAUGCGAUUUUGUCACUAUGGAAGAGGCAGAUAUGAAGGCUCAUGUCAACACCAAGCACACAGCUGAAGAGAGGAAGACACCCAGUGAAACUAACAGUCCAUCUUCAUCUUCACUGUCAGCACUGAGUGACUCUGCCAACAGCAAAGAAGAUGCAGACGUAACCCCAAAAAACAAGGGUUCAAACAACCUGCUAGUUAUUUCUGUAGUGCCUGGUAGUCAGACCUCAGUGAACACUGAAGAGAAGUCAGAGAAAGGCUUUGAAUGUGUUUUCUGUAACUUUGUCUGCAAAACAAAGAACAUGUUUGAGCGCCACCUGCAAAUCCACCUGAUCACAAGGAUGUUCGAGUGUGAUGUGUGCCACAAGUUCAUGAAGACACCUGAACAGUUACUGGAGCACAAGAAAUGCCACGCUGUCCCCACCGGUGGGCUCAAGUGCCCGUUCUGCAUCUACUCCACGAACCGCCCUGCAGCCAUGGAGUGCCACCUGAAGACUCACUACAAGAUGGAGUACAAGUGUCGGAUCUGCCAGACAGUGAAAGCAAACCAGCUGGAGCUGGAGAUGCACAUCCGAGAGCACCGCCUUGGCAACCAUUACAAGUGUGACCAGUGUGGCUACCUGUCCAAGACUGCCAACAAGCUGAUUGAGCACGUGCGUGUCCACACCGGCGAGCGCCCUUUUCACUGUGACCAGUGCAGCUACAGCUGCAAACGCAAAGACAAUCUCAACUUGCACAAGAAACUGAAGCAUGCUCCACGCCAGACUUUCAGCUGCGACGAGUGCCUGUUCAAGACUACCCACCCUUUUGUCUUCAGCCGCCACGUGAAGAAGCACCAGAACGGGGACUGCUCUGAAGAGGAGAAGAAGGGCCAGUAUUCAGCCUCCAAGGAAGCCAGUCCACUCCUACCAGUGAACAGCUCCAGAAACCUCCUGUCACCCCUCUCAGUUAUGUCUGCCUCCCAGGCUCUGCAAACAGUGGCUCUGUCAGCUGCACAGGGCAGCGGGGCAGAGGCAAACUUGGCAGUGAAAGCCUUGGCCACCAACGGCACUUCCCUGUGCUUUGAUAAGUACUGGAACUCAGAGUUUGCCCACCUUAUUCCUUUAACAAUGUUCUUCCCCAAAAACCACUACGAUCUCACAUUCCAUCCACCCAGACCUCAGACCGCACCGGGAGGUGCCUCUUCACCUAAACACUCCUUCCUUGCCUACCUUGGACUGACAGAAAGGGCAGAAACUGUCUGAGGGCAGUUACAUUCUGUACCAAAAAUAAUACCCCAGCAAACCCAGCAGGUGUGCAUUGCUGCAAAACGUAGCCCCGAGAGGUAACAAACACUUGUACUAUAUCAUUAGUAAGGUUUAGAAACCGGCUCUAUGUGUAUACUUAUUGCAUUGACUUGAAAGCUGCUUUAUUAAAUCUUCAAGAGGUGACCUACUGCAUACUUCUACCUUCAGAGGCAUG